CCCACUCCGACCUCUAUCGCGAAGUGCCCCCCCCAUCAUCAGGGACAUUUCAUUUACUUCAGCACGCGUGUUCUGCGCGUUCACUGAUCGCAUACCCUCACUUUCUGGAUCGCUUACGCGCCAACAGCUGCCUGACCCCCUUCAGCUUCGAUUUAAUCAUCAAUCGACCUUGCGCCAAAGGGACUUCCAUCUCGAAAAAAGCAUCAAGCAUCAACACAGACGCGAACUCAACGACAGUCGCGCCCCGACACACUACCUCAACUGUCCCGCACCAACUUAACACGGCUUCGACGCCGCCACUGUCGACCACCUAUCCCUUCGCCAUCACGGUCGUGCCUAUCUAGCCAACCUGAUGCGCAAGGCUGGGUCCUGAUAUGCGCAGCGAUCAAUCAUAAAGAAUCACGAAAGUAAUCGACCUAUCCAUUGCGACUCCACAAACAUGGCUACCGUUGCGCCAGCUGUUCAACAGCCGGGCUCUGCGAUGCCCCAGAAUCCACAAGAGAUGAAGAUAACUCUGCAGAAAUACAAGCAGAUGAAGGAAUCUGGCGUCUCGGAUAAGGAUCCCGAAUUUCAAAGAGUCUAUCAAAUACUCCAGAGCAUGCAGCAUCAACGAGCAUACCAACAACAGAGAGCCCAGUUCGCCCAACAGCAGCAGCAACAGCAGCAACAGCAGAUGCUCAACCAACAGCAAAAUGCUACCACUUCUGCUCCAAAUGGCGCGAAUGGCACACGUACUGCCCAAGCUCCGACUUCCCUGCCUAAUACACAAGCCUUGACGACGACAUCAUUGGGCCCAUCUGCUAUCCCAGCGACGGCGAAUGCUCCAGGCUUGCAAAAGGGUGGCGUCACUCGCACAACAGCAGCCGGAAGUGGAUACUUCACACAAGCACAAUUGAGUAUCCUCAAGCACCAGAUAUUUGCGUUCAAGUGCCUGUCGAAGAACAUGGGUAUUCCAGCUGCUACACAAGAACAGCUCUUUGCGGCUCCCAAGAAGUCUCCAAUUACGGAACAGUCCCUCGAAGCUUCGUCUGCGAAGGUUGAUGAUGCCACCCCAACUAUAAAUGGUAACGUAGAAAAGAAAACUGUUCCGAAGCAGCACGAGUAUACUGGAUUCAAGCCACCUCAUGCGAAUCUACCAUCAAAGAUCAGCUAUUCUCUUCACAAGGUUCGAGAGAAGCGACCCUUGAUUCCUAGCACUGUCCCUUCUGGCGUCAACCUAGAGAAGAUCCGACAAGAACGAGAAAACAUCAUCUACAAUCGUAUGCAAGCUAGAUUGCAAGAGCUACGCUCUAUACCCGCUAAUAUUGCUCACCUUGAUGUGCGGAGCGAUGUUCUUGCUCCAGAAGAUACACUGAAGCGUAAGGCCCUGAUUGAGAUGAAGAUGCUAGGGUUAUUCCAAAAGCAACGAAAUAUGCGGGAGAGGAUCGGCCGUCAAAUGAUUCAAUACGACAAUCUUGCAAUGACUGCCAAUCGAAGUCAUUAUCGUCGUAUGAAGAAGCAGUCGUUGAGAGAAGCCCGUAUCACCGAGAAGCUUGAGAAGCAACAACGCGAUGCUCGGGAGACCCGCGAAAAGAAGAAGCAUACCGAUUACCUCCAGACAGUCAUCAACCACUCUCGGGAAAUCAACACGGCUGGACACAACCAAAGACAGAAGAUGCAGAAGCUGGGUAGGAUGAUGAUGGCUCAACACCAGAACAUCGAAAAGGAAGAGCAGAAGCGAAUUGAACGAACUGCCAAGCAGCGUCUCCAGGCCUUGAAGUCGAACGACGAAGAAGCCUAUCUCAAAUUGCUCGAUCAAGCCAAGGAUACUCGGAUUACUCACUUGCUUCGACAGACAGAUGGCUUCUUGUCCCAGCUCGCCUCUUCCGUCAAGGAACAACAACGAAAGGCUGCCGAGCGUUAUGGUGACAAUGCCGACGACUUCAUUGAUGAUGAAUCUGAUGAAGACGAAGAGGAGGAGCAAGAUACUCGAAAGAUUGAUUACUACGCUGUUGCGCAUCGUAUCAAAGAGGAGGUCAAUGUUCAGCCAUCGAUAUUGGUUGGUGGUACAUUGAAGGAGUACCAGUUGAAGGGUCUCCAGUGGAUGAUUUCGCUCUACAACAACAACCUCAACGGUAUUCUUGCAGACGAGAUGGGUCUCGGCAAGACCAUUCAGACAAUCAGUUUAAUUACCUACCUCAUCGAAGCGAAGAAGCAGAAUGGACCCUUCCUUGUCAUUGUACCUCUCAGUACCCUGACAAAUUGGACUUUGGAGUUUGAGAAGUGGGCACCAUCCAUUUCGAAGGUGGUCUACAAGGGAAACCCAAUGGCUCGAAAGCAGCAACAACAGCAGAUCCGUUACGGCAACUUCCAGGUACUCCUAACAACCUACGAAUAUAUCAUCAAGGACAGGCCUGUUCUCAGCAAAAUCAAAUGGAUUCACAUGAUCAUUGACGAAGGUCACCGCAUGAAGAAUUCAUCGUCCAAGCUUAGUGCCACCCUCACUCAGUACUACAGCACCAGAUACCGUCUUAUUCUUACCGGAACUCCGUUGCAGAACAACCUUCCCGAAUUGUGGGCUCUCCUUAAUUUCGUCCUUCCGACUAUCUUCAAAUCCGUGAAAUCUUUCGAUGAGUGGUUCAACACACCGUUCGCGAAUACCGGUGGUCAAGACAAGAUGGAGUUGACUGAAGAAGAACAAAUUCUCGUCAUUCGACGUUUGCACAAGGUUUUGCGACCAUUCUUGCUUCGUCGUCUUAAGAAGGAUGUCGAGAAGGAUUUGCCUGAUAAGACCGAGAAAGUUAUCAAGUGCAAAUUCUCCUCCCUUCAAGCUCGUCUCUACAAGCAAAUGGUUACCCACAACAAGCUCGUUGUCAGCGAUGGCAAGGGUGGAAAGACUGGUGCUCGUGGUCUCAGCAAUAUGAUCAUGCAGUUGCGAAAGCUUUGCAACCAUCCCUUUGUCUUCGACGAAGUUGAGAACCAGAUGAACCCGACAAGCACUAGCAACGACUUGUUAUGGCGAACAGCAGGUAAAUUUGAGCUGUUGGAUCGGGUUCUGCCCAAAUAUCAACGUACUGGUCACAGAGUCUUGAUGUUCUUCCAGAUGACUGCCAUCAUGGACAUCAUGGAGGACUUCCUGCGCUAUCGUGGUAUUCAAUUCCUGCGAUUGGAUGGAACUACAAAGUCUGACGAUCGUUCUGAUCUGCUUCGCGAAUUCAACGCUCCUAACUCGCCAUACUUCAUGUUCUUGCUCUCGACUCGUGCAGGUGGUCUAGGUCUUAAUUUGCAGACUGCUGAUACGGUUAUCAUCUACGACUCCGAUUGGAAUCCUCAUCAAGAUUUGCAAGCUCAGGAUCGUGCUCAUCGUAUCGGUCAAAAGAACGAAGUCCGUAUUUUGAGACUUAUCAGCUCUAAUUCUGUAGAAGAAAAGAUCCUCGAGCGUGCCAAAUAUAAGCUGGAUAUGGAUGGCAAGGUUAUCCAAGCUGGUCGUUUCGAUAACAAAUCAUCUGAAACUGAUCGUGACGCUAUGCUUCGAGUCAUGUUGGAAACCGCGGAUGCUGCCGAGACCUUAGAGCAAGAAGAGAUGGACGACGAGGAUCUCAACAUGAUCUUAGCCCGUUCAGACGAGGAGCUUGCUAUCUUCCAGCAAAUGGAUGAACAAAGAGCCAAGGAUCCCGUUUAUGGAAAUGGGCCUGGCUCCAAGCGUGUUCCCCGUCUCAUGGCCGAGAAUGAACUUCCCGAGAUAUAUAUGUCCGAUGGCAAUCCUAUUUCCGACGAACCUGAAGAAAUCAAGGGCCGUGGUGCUCGUGAGCGAACUCGUGUCAAGUAUGAUGAUGGUCUUACCGAGGAACAAUGGCUCAAUGCUGUGGACGACGAUGAGGACAGUCCGGAAGCCGCAGCUGCCCGUAAGCAAGCACGAAAGGACCGCCGUGAGCAGAAUCGUCUGAAGAGACUUGGUCAGCUACCAGGCUCAAUCGAGAACUCGCCUGAGGGUAGUCGUGCGAGUACAGAAGAGCCAGAACCUACACCGAAGAAGAACAAGGCUCGCAAGGGUGCAAAAGACAAACGCAAGGCUGAAGAAGUCGACGACGAACCACCUGCUAAGCGAAAGCGUGGACCUGCUGGUCGACCAAGCAAGGGAGCUGCGACUAACGGUGAUUCCGUGAGUCCCAAGCACCGAGCCACUCUUCAAACAAGCUUGCGAAGUAUCUACGAGGGUCUCAUGGCGUUAACGUCUGACUCUGAUGCUGGUUCGGAUGAUGAUUCUUCCUCAGCUGGGCCUCGACAGAUCAUUGGACCGUUUGUGAAGCUCGUACCCAAGAAAGAUUUCCCGGAUUAUUACAUCAUUAUCCAGCAACCAAUUUCGAUGGCAGAAAUCGACAAGAAGAUUAAGAAAGAGCAGUAUUCUAGCCUUUCUGACAUGAAGCGAGACGUUCGUCAACUUUGCGCCAAUGCAAAGCAAUACAACGAAGACGGCAGCAUGAUCUUCCUGGAUGCCGUCACGAUUGAGAAUGCGUGUGAUUCACUGAUCCGCGACGAGUUAAAUGAGCAUCCUGAACUCGGCGAUGUCGACGAUUCAUCUCGAAAUGGAGGUUCCACCGCUCCUGGAACCAGCGCUGGAACUCCCAUCGCAUCCAGUACGAAACUGAAGCUCACAUUCAACAGCUCUCAACAAGCAAAUGGUGGCGGUAGCGGUGCUCAGAGCGAUGAUGACUAAGGUCUUCCCCGAUCGAUGUGUUUUUAACUUUAUGACGGGGUUUGGUGUCUCGGAGACCCAUGGGAUUGCAUACUGGGCUUUCUUUUGGCAGGGUUGGCGUUACUUGCAAAGGGGCAUCGGGGUGGAGCACCUGCUACGUAACAUGGCUUCGCAAACUUGUUUGCACCAACAUUGCGUAGAAUGUACUUUAAUAGAUAUGCGACUAAACAUGCCUGGCUUGUAAAAUGUAGUUUUGUCAAUAAUAUGCACUGCUUAGG